AUGUCGUCCUUGAACACAGUAGUUUUUGCGACAUUUAUUGUUGGGACAGUCUUCACUCUAUUAUUUAAAGUUGCAAGGAUCAUAUCUAUGCCAAAAGGAAAAGGCCCUGAUCAAUGGAAAGCGAUAGUCAGAUAUUGUUUCCUUUAUUAUGCCCUUAAUGUCGGCAUAAUGAUAACAGAACCAUAUAUUUUCCAACGUAUGUUAGAUUCCAAUUUGACUCCUGAAGAAAUGACAUCAAUUUUUGCAGCUCCAUUAAUUAUCAAAGCAAUAGUUAAAUUUAUUCCAUUACGUGUUAUCAAAAUGACAGGUGUAGCACCUCUUCUUAUUGGUGCUGGUGCACUUGCAUCAAUAGCUACAUUAUUAAGAACAAAAAAGCAUUUUGAUACACUUUGUGUUGCUCAAGUUGCAAUAGCAAUGGCAAGAGAAGCAUUCUCAUACGCAAUGAGUGAUUGGAAGCUCGGUGAAGGUUCUCAUGAAAAAACAUCAGAUGCAUUUUUCAACGCUGUUGUUUCAGCUGUACAUGUUUUAAUGACAACAGUAUUAGCAUUUGUUAGCAAGUAUCUCAAAACAUACUACGAAGACAAGCAAAUCUUUUUCAUUGGAACCAUUAUUUGUUUAGUAAUAAUUCCUUCUUCUCUGAUUACAAUUAAGAAGAAACCAUAUCCAUUCAGACAUCAGCAAUCGAAACCAGGCGUUUCUGGUGUAGCAAUUAUCUUAUUCUUUACAAUUUUAGAAACUUACUUCACACCACGAAUUCAGCAAUAUAUUACACGCUCAGAAUGCGUAAUUCCACUCGAAUACUUAUUUGCUAUCACUCUUAUUAUGACAUACCUCGCAGAAACAGUAGUUUCAUUCUUUGAUAUUAAUAAUAAAGCAGUUUACAUUUUAAUUGGUUCAAUGCUACUGCUUACCAUUAUAUCCCUUGUAAUACAUAUUUCCUUUGAUUCAAAACCAUUAGUUUUCAUUUUAUUAAUGGUCGGAACAAUUUUGACAAAAAUUGGCCGUUUGGCAUUGGAUCAUAUCGGAAAUACACCCAUAGAGAAUACAGUAAUCGCUGUUGCGUUCACAUAUCUUUCAUACAAACUUUUCAGUUUUGAUGUUAAGACAAAUGUGAAAAUUUGCAUUGGAUCUGCACUUUUAACAUUGAUUUCGUCGAUCGCGCACUUGUAUAAAGGUAAUGAUCCAGCCGUCGACGAAUUACAGCAAAAUCUUCUUUAA